AAGAACAGGAACUUUGCCUCAGUUCAGCCGCUGUUCUGGUACCAGAAUCCCGACCCGGACUGGCCCAGACAGGAUCCAGAUGAAGGCCGUGAUUCUCGCCGCGGGCUACGGAACCAGACUGCAGCGGGACGUUUCGUCCGACCGCAGCGGCAGGUUCGCUCACCUGGUCGGGGUCCCGAAGCCGCUGCUGCCGGUGGGCCGGAUCCCGCUGAUCAGCCGCUGGGUCCGGGCGCUGACCCGGUCCGGAACCGUGGACGGGAUCUACGUGGUGACCAACGCUCUCCACCAGGCUGCGUUCGCCGUUUGGGCCGCAGAGUUUCCAGAAGUGCAGAUUCUCAGUGAUGAGACGCGAAGCAACGAAGAGCGGCUCGGCGCCGUCGCCUGCCUGCAGCUGGCGGUGAAGCACUUCGGCAUCCAGGACGGCGUGAUCGUCAUCGGAGGCGACACGCUGUUCAGGGAGGACUUCAGUCUGGGUCGGGUCACACAGAAGGUUUCUGAGCUGCAGGCCCGGAGCGCCGACAGCUGCCUGCUGCUGUGCUACCGCUGCAGGGACGAAGCAGAAACCCAGAAGUACGGGAUCCUGGAGGUGGAUGACGACCUCCGGGUUCUCCGGAUGAAGGAAAAGCCGCGGCCUUCAGAGACCGAGUCCAGGAGAGCCUGUCCGUGUUUCUACGUGUUCUCCAAGGAGAGUCUUCCUCUGCUGGACGCCUUCCUGGAGGAGAAGAAGGACGCUCCGAUCGAAGAGCGCGACGCUCCGGGGAACUUCGUGUCCUGGCUCAUCCCGAGGAAGCCGGUUUUCGCCCAUGAGAUCUCCGGACGCUUUGACGUGGGAAACCUGCCGUCUUACCUGGACUGUGACGUUUACUUCAGCGAGAAGCUGGAGGACAACGAACCGUUUAAAGGAGCAUUUUAAUAGCAAAUGAUUUUAGACAGAU